GUUGACCUGGCGGGAAAAAGACAUUUCCUUCGCUUGAUGCUUCUUUAUAUAUUUGUAUAACAUACAAUCUUCUGAAAAUGUGUGCGCUAGAUAGAGCUUAUAUUUGAGUACCGCGUGUCAACCGCAAGUUAAAAUGUGCAAGAUAACGUUUAUGCUGUUGUUUCUGCUGACGUCAAUCCACACAACAACAGGUUCCGGGUUUUUGGACAUUACUGGAGUAAGACUUGUAGAUGGCAAUGGUACAUUUAGCGGACGUGUUGAGAUCAAGGUUGACGGUGUUUGGGGAACAAUCUGUGAUUACUUGUUUGACAUGAACGACGCCAAAGUUAUAUGCAGAACACUAAAUCUGACAGUAACAUCAGUUUUUACGGGAGCUCACUAUGGGCAAGGUAAAGGACCAAUAUUUGCUCAAAGGUUUCAUUGCUAUGGACAUGAAAGUCACCUUCGAGAUUGUCGCUUUGACCCCAAUACGUUUUGCUCUCAUUCCCGAGACAUUGGAGUAAUCUGCACAGAAUGUGGGGAAAUCGACAUCAAAAAUGGAAUCAUUGAGUCAAUAUCAUAUAAUGGUUCAGUUCUUACAACCUCUUGUGUUAAUGACUACCAGACUAAGUCAAACACAAGUAUAUGUCUAAGUAAUGGAACAUGGUCAAACGAAAUUACAUGUGCAACAUCUGGGUAUCCACUGAACAUUACUGACAUACGGCUUGUCAACGGUUUAGGUCUUACCGAUGGUAUUGUCGAGCUCAAGGUCAAUGAUACCUGGGGGCAGAUCUGUCGUAACAGCUUUCAAUACAACGACGCAAAAGUGAUAUGCAAGAUGCUUGGAUUUAACUACUGGACGUACUAUUCUUCGAAUCGUUUAAGAAGCACUUCAAACCUUUAUCAUUUAGACAAACUUGAUUGUAUAGGAACGGAGGAUCACAUUAACGCAUGUUUAUACGAUGUUCGUCAACAUGUUCGAGUACCUAUCCAAUCGACGUUGAGUGUAAAUAUCCUUUUAAUAUAACAGAAGUUAGGCUUGUCGGGGGAACAAGUCAAUAUGACGGUCGUGUUGAAGUUAAAAUUGCUGAUGGCUGGGAACUGUUUGUAGUAGAUACAUCGGACGAUAUGAUGCCGACACUUUAUGUAAAUCAAAGGAUUUGAAAUUGACACACUACUUUCCAAAUCCUUCUGUUUACGGACAAGGAACAGGUGAUAUAUACAUCGGUGUAAUAGGAUGCUCUGCUGCAAAUACUCAUAUAAAUCAGUGUAGUUUUCUACCCCCGAGUCGAUACUACUGCUCUCACAAUUAUGAUAUUUCACUAGUGUGUACACCUUGUGGUAAACCGACAAUACAAUAUGGAUCUUUUGAUUCUUUUAAUGGUACUGUACUGACCGCAAAGUGCAAAGUUGGCUAUCAACCAGAAAAAAUAACAUUUGAUUGUCUUGCGAAUGGGACUUGGCUGCAAAAUGACAAAUGUUCAUUAAAAUAUUCGUAUCCGUUAGAAAUAAGUGAUUUGAAGUUUGUUAACAGCUAUGGUCACCACGAAGGUCGUGUAGAGAUCCAAGUUGAUGGUAUCUGGGGAACUAUUUGUAGCAACAAUUUUACGAUGGCAGAGGCAAACGUCAUUUGUAACAUGAUCGGAUUAGAAGCAAAUCAAAUUUACACAGAAACAAGGGGCGACGGCCGGGUUUUUAUUUCAAAUCUUCAAUGCAAUGGAAAUGAAUCACAUAUCAACAACUGUUCCUACAAUGUUGAUAAUGACUGCUUGAACACAUUUGGUGCAGGAGUUUACUGUACAGGGUAUCAGCUGAAUGUUACCGGAUGGCGCCUGGCCGGUACAAAUGGACCAUAUCAUGGAAGAGUCGAAUUAGAAGUGAAUGACACAUGGGGAACAAUCUGUUCACGAAGAUUCUAUGGCUGGCCAUCAGCAGCUGUUAUAUGCAAUAUGUUUGGAUU